AUGGGAUCGUUAAAACCUGAAUUAUUUAGUCUUCAAGUCGUUGACAAUAAACGGCAAUUAAGCACUUCUCGACAAUAUUCUGCAGUGUUUUGCAUGAACUUGUUGACAUUUUCUUAUGGUUUCACAUGUGGAUGGUUGUCAGGAGCUCUAAUAAUUUUUGAAAGUGCCGAAACACCUUUGGACACAGGAAACUUAACAAUUGAGGAAAUUGGAUGGAUUGCAAGUUCAAUUGCAAUCGGUGGAUUUAUAGCCAAUUUAUUUUUUGGAUGGUUAUCUGAGAGAACUGGAAGAAAAGUCGCACUUUAUGUAGUCGUUGUGCCUCAAAUGCUAAGUUGGAUUUUUGUCUAUUAUGCAAGAACUCCGUUCUAUUUGAUUGUGUCGAGGAUUCUUGGCGGAUUUGCCGGUGGUGGCAUCUUCACACUAGUUCCUUUAUAUGUAUCUGAAAUAUCUGAUGAUAAAGUUCGUGGAAUUCUGGGGUCACUUCUAGUUCUUGUUUGUAAUGCUGGACUUCUUUUCGCAUACAUUUGUGGUGGAUAUUUCAAUUAUUUCACUCAAAUCUACUUGAUACUUCCAUUUAGUGCUGCAUUCAUCCUUUUAUUUGCCAAAUAUCCUGACUCGCCUAGUUCGUUGAUGAAAAGAAAGCUUUUUGAUGAAGCUGAGAAGUCAUUCCUGUUCUACAGAUCUAUAGAAAAAUAUUCGAGAGAAGCAAAAACUCUGUUUGAGGAUAGCGUAUCCAAUGUACACAGUAAUGAAGAGAAGGACAACAAAAUAACUGUUAAAGACUUCGCAUCAAAAUCAUCCAAAAAAGCCAUAUUCUACGGAAUCCUCUUAAUGGCACUAAAUCAAUUUUGUGGAUGCUUUGCAAUGAUUGUCUAUGCAGCAACAAUAUUCCAGAAAUCAGGCUCGAAUUUGUCACCAAUUAAUUCAUCAAUAAUCGUUGGAUCAAUUCAAAUUGUUGGUGCUGUGUGCGCAUCACUUUUUGUGGAACGAGCAGGCAGGAAGGUUAUGAUGAGCAUUUCAGCAUUUGGAAUAGGAAUUGGCUUCAGCAGUUUGGGAUAUUAUUUAUAUCUACAGUCAAGUGGAGUUUAUUUAGAAGGUUAUAGCUUCAUUCCACUUGUUGCAUUUUCGUUUGCGAUAUUUUUGGGGAAUUUAGGAGUUCUGACGCUGCCUUUUAUGAUCCUCAAUGAGAUUUCACCGCCAAAAAUAAGAGGAUUUACGUCAGUUCUGUGCAUGAGCUUUCUAUGGAUUUUCGUAUUUUGUGCAAUCAAGUAUUUACCGAAUCUUAUCGAGUCACUCGAAUUGCAUGGAGCCACAUUUCUGUUCGCAUUCAAUUCACUUAUUGGUGGACUAUUUAUACUGAUUUGCAUACCCGAGACGAAAGGAAGAAGUGCUGAGGAAAUUGUAAAUAUUAUGGAAAAGUGA